GCGCUCCACCUCCCCGCUCCCUCCCCCUCCCGGCGGCGGCUCGGGAGCCGGGCGCGGCUGGCGGCGGCCCCGGGUGGGACCAUGGCGGACGGUGUGGACCACAUCGACAUCUACGCCGAUGUGGGCGAGGAGUUCAAUCAGGAGGCUGAAUAUGGUGGGCAUGAUCAGAUUGAUUUGUAUGAUGAUGUAAUUUCUCCAUCUGCAAAUAAUGGAGAUGCUCCAGAGGAUCGUGAUUACAUGGAUUCUCUUCCACCAUCUGUUGGGGAUGAUGUAGGUAAAGGAGCUGCACCAAAUGUUGUCUAUACGUAUACUGGAAAGAGAAUUGCCUUGUACAUUGGAAAUCUCACUUGGUGGACAACAGAUGAAGACUUAACUGAAGCAGUUCAUUCAUUGGGGGUAAAUGACAUUUUGGAGAUAAAAUUUUUUGAAAAUCGUGCUAAUGGCCAGUCUAAAGGGUUUGCCCUUGUGGGUGUGGGAUCGGAAGCAUCCUCCAAAAAGUUGAUGGAUUUGUUGCCUAAAAGAGAAUUGCAUGGGCAGAAUCCAGUUGUAACUCCGUGUAAUAAACAGUUUCUGAGUCAAUUUGAAAUGCAGUCAAGGAAAACCACACAGUCUGGCCAGAUGUCUGGGGAAGGUAAAGCUGGUCCCCCAGGAGGAAGCUCACGAGCAGCAUUUCCACCUAGUAAUAGAGGUCGGGGCCGUUUUCCAGGUGCCAUUCCAGGUGGAGACAGAUUCCCUGGACCGGCAGGGCCAGGAGGGCCACCACCACCUUUCCCAGCUGGACAAACUCCCCCACGUCCACCCUUAGGUCCUCCUGGCCCACCAGGCCCACCAGGCCCUCCACCGCCUGGUCAGGUCCUCCCACCUCCAUUAGCUGGACCUCCUAAUCGUGGUGAUCGUCCACCACCACCAGUUCUGUUUCCAGGACAGCCUUUUGGUCAGCCUCCACUUGGGCCACUUCCUCCAGGCCCUCCACCACCAGUUCCAGGCUAUGGGCCACCACCAGGUCCACCACCACCUCAGCAGGGUCCACCUCCACCUCCGGGUCCAUUUCCCCCUCGUCCGCCUGGCCCUCUUGGGCCACCCCUGACUCUUGCUCCUCCUCCACAUCUCCCUGGGCCACCGCCAGGUGCUCCACCACCAGCACCACAUGUGAAUCCAGCUUUCUUCCCCCCACCUGCCAAUAGUGGCAUACCCACUUCAGACAGCCGUGGCCCACCUCCGACAGAUCCAUAUGGCCGACCUCCACCAUAUGACAGAGGUGACUAUGGGCCACCUGGAAGGCGUUUCACUGGAAAUAACAUGUCCAUAAGAGAAAAAUUACAUAUUCCAUUCUAUGGGAGGCACACGAAAAAUAAUACUCAAAACUCAGGGAGAGAAAUGGAUGCUGCGAGGACACCUCUAAGUGAAGCAGAAUUUGAAGAAAUCAUGAAUAGAAAUAGAGCGAUCUCAAGCAGUGCCAUUUCAAGAGCUGUAUCAGAUGCCAGUGCUGGGGACUAUGGAAGUGCUAUAGAGACCUUGGUAACUGCAAUUUCCUUAAUCAAACAGUCCAAAGUAUCUGCAGAUGAUCGCUGCAAAGUACUUAUUAGCUCUCUUCAGGACUGCCUUCAUGGAAUUGAGUCCAAGUCUUAUGGUUCUGGAUCCAGAAGACGUGAGCGAUCCAGAGAGAGGGACCACAGUAGGUCACGAGAAAAAAGUAGGCGCCACAAAUCACGUAGUAGAGAUCGUCAUGAUGACUAUUACCGGGAAAGAAGCCGUGAGAGAGAGAGGCAUCGUGAUCGUGACAGGGAUCGUGACAGAGAACGAGACAGAGAGAGAGAAUAUCGUCACCGUUAAAGAAGCUGAAGGAAGAGGAACAGCGUGCAAGACAAGAUACAUUCUUCAAGGAAAGAUGCUUGUCCAGCAGUUUGCUUCAUGUGAUUGAACUGAGCCUGUAAGGAUUCAUGGAUAAUAUGAACAGGAAUAGAUCUGAAUAAAGCAAAUCUGCAUACAUGGUAACCAGUAGCUCUUUUACUUUUUUAUGUUGCUUAACUGUUUUAUUUGAGGGAAACCUGUGUGAUUUAAACCUUAUAGCUUUUGCAACUUUAUUACUGGUUAUAUACAUUUGGCAAUUAUAAUGUGCAAGCAAUUGAAAAAAGUCAAGUAAAUGCUUGUUUUUUAUAGUAGUUUGUUCAUGUUAAACUGUUCAUAUAAUGUCUGUACACAGCACCACUGAUUACAGUAGAUGUAGUGUUGUAAUAAACUGUUUAAUGGGGCUGAUGUGUAAAGCUGUUCAAGUUAUUUGAUGUUUACACCUCAGGGAAAGUCAUGUGUUCAGCAAUAUUUAAAGAUAAUGUUACAAUGAAAACAUUAAUGCUGUCUUCAAAAACAUCGCAAUAGUUCUUGCAUAUGCCUCAACUUAAUCUUGCAUUCAGCGAGUUAAACGUACUAAUGUUGCGCUCUCCCACUCAAUUUUGAUACAAAAAUAGGUGGUUGCGGAAAACCUUUAAUUCUGUUUUGCUUUUUAGCAGUGUUUACCUAGGUGGCUUGUGAAUUUGCUAAUUGACUUAUAAAACUGUAAAAACUGCAGCUCUCUGUGGUCAGUUGUUCUGAGGAGAGAUAGUCCCAGGUCUGUGAUUUUUAGCACACUAAAAAUUUUGUCUCUCAAACAACCUUGAUCCUGAUUGACACUACAGUUAAUAUAAACUGUUCAUAUGAACUUAAACUGCCCAUAAUAAGGGGUAAAAAGGUUAGGUUUAAAACAUCCAAAAUCCUGCAGUUGCUUACAGUUUUAUAGUAAUAGUGCUUGUGUGUCUUCCCUCUCCACCCCCAAGGCCGUAGCAGUCUGUACAUAGUUGUAUAUUAGAAAUGUGCCAGAAGAUAUAAGAUGUUACCAUUUUUAUGACUCCAUGGGUUUGGUAUUUUUUUAAUACUUUGGGAUUUAUUCACACAUGCAUAUAAAAGAGAAGGUACAUUUGUAUGUCCUUGUUCACCAGUGGGCAAUAUUUAAAUGUCUUAGCAAAAAAUGGCACUGAUUACAUUUGUCAGAUGAGGUUUUGUAAAUUUACCUAAAAACAAAUUAACGGAGCACUCAGUGAAACUAGGCGUCAAAUUAAAGAAUUUGUUUUAAAUUUCAUCAAGUGUGAAACACAAGAAAAGAGAAAUUACAUUAAUGCUGCAAAAGCUUCAUUCCCGUCAGCCUUGUGCAAAGGCUCACUUUUAGUCUGUUGUAAAGCGUUAUGUAACAGACACGCUCCUGGAGUUGUCACUCGUUUAAAUAGCUGCACUUAAUGUUUUAAGUUAAGUUUCAAGACCUCAGAUGGCUUUAAGAGGCAACUCUUAGAAGUCUCUUGAUUUCUUUUUUGCCAAUUUUGAAGAUUUUACAGCUGACUUAAAAUGUUACCCUGUUCAGGAAAGCAUUUAAAUCUGUUUGGUUUUCCAGAGCCUAUAAAACAUGUGUUUACAUUUCAUAGAUUUCAAGGAAUGUAAACAUAUGCUUUAAGUCUUGUAUUUGCAUACAUAAGUGAUUUUUAUGCUUUGCUGAGUUGGGACCGGUAGCUUAUGCAACUGCAAAAGUUUUGCAUAAGCCUGAAAUGCUCUAAUAUUUUUGGCACCUAUUCACCCAGGUUUCCUGCAGCCAGGUUGAUGGUGUUGGACUUGGCUACAGCUUCAGAUUUACCCCUUUUUCUUUUUUCCUUAAAUUGUGUACCUCAGUUCCUCAAGCAUGGGAUCACUGGUGUUUAUUGAACUAUUUGCUACUGAGAAGAUAUUUCACAUGUUUGUUUAAUCCUGUUUGAAAAUGAAACUGCCUUUAAAAAUUUUGUAAACCUGAAAGUUGUAUCAAGCAAGUCAUGAAUCACUUCCUGCUUUUUUUGUGAAUAGGUAUUGGUUACAAACAGUACUGUUGUAACUUUUUUUUCUUUACUUAAAAACAUUGUUUACUACUGUGUGUAAUAAGUUUAAGGAAGAAAUUACCUGCCUGUAGCAGUUAAAUGGGGAAUAUCUAAUACUGGAAAAGCAGCAGGUAAGUAAUAUUCCAUUGCGUAGAUAUAUUAAAUUUUAAAAUAAAAAAAACGUAACGUUACAAGCAUUUCAUGUAGGAACUCAUAUUUUAGUCCACAUUGAAACAGAUUUGAGACUGUUGCUCUUUUUACAUAGAGUGUAAUUUCUCAUUCACGUAUUUCCAUUGCUGGCAAUGGAAAUAGCAGGGAGAGAAUAGCAGGGGGUGAAUAACGUAAGUUAAACUGAAUGACCAUUGUGACCUGAGAGAUGAGAUCCCUGUAUGAAGCCCAUUAUUUCUGCCUGUUCUCCAAAUUCUUAGUUUUAACUGGUAAAUGUACUGUGUUGCAAUUUAGAUAAUACUCUCUUGUUGUUGUGAGCUUCUUUGUUAGAUUUUUUUAUAAAACAAAAAAUGUACAGAAAAAAAUCCAAAGACCCUGAUAGACACCAAAAAGGAAUAUGCCUAAUGUACGUCAUGUAUAACUGGAUCUGUAGAAGAAUUUUUACCAAGUCUUGGUUUACUAAAGGUUCCUGCAAUUUCCUGUGCACGUGUAGGAAAUGGUAGUUUGGAAACUUGCUGAUUGGUGGUGAUGCCAUGAUGGCUACUGCUGUUUAAUAUUCAUUCAGUUGUAUUUCAUUUCCUUUUGUUGAUGAAAGGAUGAAAUAAUCUGUGAGGAAAUACUUUUUUUUUUUUUUUCAAAUAAUGAGUUUAUAGGUAACAUUGAAAAUAUUAUCUUAAGGCUAUGUCCUUUAUCUUGAAAGACAAAACUAACAAGUAGUGACUUAGGGGUGGUGGUGCUUUACCAACAGAACUUGUUUUAGUGGUUUGUUUUUUAGAAGUAGAGGGUGUUUUUUUAAAAAGUAAAUUUUUUACAGGACUAUACGUUUUGACAAGUCAAAGUACUUAAGAAGAAAAAAAUAGCAUUUUGGAAACUGUAUAGUCUUUUUUUUUCCCUCAUUCCCUUUUUGCUUUCUGUGCCAAUAAUUUUUGUUCUGAUAACAUUUUGAAAAAUGUUUGUCAGAACUUCAAAUUUUUAUUUACAGUAUGGCUUAUAAGCUUGGAUAGCUGUUGUUUUUUGUGUUAAACAAGAUAUUUUUAUUAAAUUUAGACAUCAGCUUUUUUCUUUAUGAACUGAGUAUGUUCUGGUUCGGUUCCUUUGAAAUUGGUGAGGCUUAGUUUUUCUAACUGUAUUUUUUUACCUGAUUGUUUAGUUGCAUACCUAAACCCUUGUAAAUGUUUUUUUUCCUAGUUGUAUGUGGAUAAUUGGAGAUUUAAAUGUUGUAUAUAUAUACUUGUCAUCUGUGUUUCUAGUAAAAUACAUGGCAUUCUUUGUAGAAAUACUUAAUUCCUGAUUUUCUUUCCUUACCCACUUGCUCUUUAUGUACAGGUUAAACAGACACUGCUCCCAUUUUUACUUACAGAAUUUUAUACGUAGCCUGUUAAAAUUGUCUUUGGUUCUUGUGUGAACUGAGAUACAGCCUUAAAUUUCCUAACACAGUGCUCAUUAAGAUAAAGUCAGUCACAUAGAUUUAAAUUUAAAAGGUAUGUGUUUAGGACUGGUAUUCUUCAGAGAUCUGAUACACUAAAUUGCUUCUUCAUUGAAAUAUAAACCCUUCAAGAUUUUAGAGAAGGAAAGUGGAGGUUACUGUCCAUUUAAAAAAAUUAAUUUAUUUGAAUUCUUUCCAAAAUAACAGUUGUAACAUAGAAAAGAAGCAAUGUGGAUUCAGUUGAGAUUCAAAUUAUUUUGGUAAUUCACUGCACAGGUCUUGAACAUAAUGGUUGCAGCAUGCUGAUGAAUCAUGAUGUUUAUGCAGAAACACUGUCUCUUGCAAUUAUGAUACCUUGCAAUUAUUACUUCAGAUUGGCUUGGGGUAGAUGGGGGUGUUGAGGUGGGGGUUUUUUGAAUUUGUAGUUGCUUCACCUUCCUUCCCUUUCCUCCCCAUAUCCCAUUACGGUCUGACAUCCCAUGUAUUUUUACAUUUCCAUUUAGUUUUAGAGGAUAAAUUUACUAAGGAGCAGUUUGGGGUAUAGAAGUUCAUCAAAUUGAUGUUCUUGUGGGAUUUGUUUUCCCCCUUGUUGGACAAAAUAUGAUAAAGCUCCUUAUUCCAUUUGUAUAUGAUAUGUUUGUUAAUUCUUGAACCCUUUCUGUAGCCCCAGUGAUUGCAGUGGGUUCUGGGAUGAUGCCUAUGCUUGUGCUUAAAUCUUCUAAAUACAUCAAUUUUACAGAAGUCUCUUGAAAAUAGUAAGCAGUAUACCUUUGAUCCUGAUAGAAUGGAGCAUUUAAGUUGUAAAAAUUCUCAUCUGUUCACACCAUGUAAUGUGAUUUUUACAUUAUUUCAGAAAUAACACUUCAGAGUAUAUUCAACUAAGAGACUUCAGCCUCACCCUCUUGUACACAGUAUUUUGUAAUAGAAAAUAUUUUAAACUGUGCAUAUUAUUAUCACAUUAUGGAACAGACAUUCCUUUGAUCUUCAGAUGUAAGAAAAUGAGGAAUGUGUGUGCUUUUAUAAAUAUAAGUGGUUGCAAAUUCAUAUUCCUUACUACUGCAGUUGUCCUUUUUUAAAAUAAUAAUGAAAGGAAAAAAAAAAAGCCAAGUGUUUUAAAGGUGAAAUACAUUCCUAUUUGGUAAACUGUAACAUUUUUAUGAUGAUUACCAGCACUGCUGACUUUCUAAACAAAAGGCUGUAUUGUCUUCCUGUACCAUUCCAUUUUCUGGUUCCCGCUUUGCACAAGGAUAUGUGAGUAAAAUAUUCAAGAAAUGGUUUGAAAUACAGGAGUGGGGCUGUACAAGUUGGAAUGCAGACUUGAAAUGCAAAAUGUAAGGAAAUGGAUGCCUGUCAGAAUGCCUGACUCCAAAGGAUUUCAUAUACAUAGUAAACAGUUCCCUGAUGCUAGCAGGCCAAAGAGUCUGUUGAAUACUGGAGUUUUUGGAGACCUAUAUUUCUCCACAAGGUAAGAUGGUAUCCAAGCAAAUGUGGAUUUCAAUACAUUUUCAGCAGAGGUACUUAAAUAAUCUGUAAGUUUAGAGAUAAUUUCAUUUUUUUAGAUGUUACAUUUGAAAUAUUGCACAACUUUUAGCUUUCAUAGGUUUUUUUUCCAGCCUUUAGGAGACUGUUAAGCAAUUUGCUGUCCAACUUUUGUGUUGGUCCUAAACUGCAAUAGUAGUUUACCUUGUAUUGAAGAAAUAAAGACCAUUUUUAUAUUAAAAAA